AUGACACCGCUCAGAAACCAGAGCUCUGUCCUGCCCACAUUCCUCAUGACAGGCAUCCCAGGCCUGGAAGACAAAAGCAUCUGGCUGGCCAUCCCUAUCUGCUCCAUGUAUAUAGUUGGCAUCUUGGGAAACUUCAUUGUCAUUCUUGUCAUUGUGAUGGUCCCAAGCCUCCACAGACCCAUGUACUUUUUCCUCUCCAUGCUGGCUGUGAGUGAGCUGGGGGUGUCCAUCUCCACUCUCCCCACUGUGCUGAGUGUCUUCCUGUUUGAUGCCAGGGAGAUCGGGAUUGAUGCCUGUCUCGCCCAGAUGUUCUUCAUCCACUGCUUUUCCAUCAUGGAUUCAGGAGUCCUCUGGGCCAUGGCCUUCGACCGCUUCAUAGCCAUCUACAGCCCACUCCAAUAUGGCACCAUCCUGACCAACUCCAGGAUCGCCAUGAUAGGUUUGGGGAUUGCUGUGAGGAGCAUCAUCUUAAUGACUCCAUUGCCUUUUCUCCUCAGGAGGCUGCCAUUUUGUAGAUCCAACUUGCUAGCUCACCCCUACUGCUUGCACCCGAAUUUAAUCCGGCUUCCAUGUGCUGACACCACAAUCAACAGCCGUUGUGGCUUGUUUGUUGUUCUCUCUACUUUUGGGCUUGAUUCCCUCUUUAUCUUCCUGUCCUACAUUCUGAUAGUCAAGACGGUGUUGGGCAUUGCCUCCAGGGAAGGGCGCCUCAAGGCCCUCAACACUUGUGUCUCUCACAUCUGUACAGUGGUGGUGUAUUAUACUCCAAUGAUUGGCUUGUCCAUGGCACAUCGUUUUGGCAAACAUGAUUCUCCUCUUCUGCACUCCCUCAUGGCCACCAUGUACCUCCUGGUUCCUCCGGUACUGAACCCCAUCAUCUACAGCAUGAAGACCAAAGAGAUCCGCCAAGCCCUCCACCGGCUUUUCUUUCAAAAGUAUUAA